AUGAAAGAGGAGCUGUCAGAAGAGGGACGUGCUCUAUCAUGGUGCUCCAGCUACAUGCCAGUCCUGGCGAAGUUCUCUGCACCGGACACGGCCCGUGAGCUGAACAUGCUGGCCGUCCAGAUGCGGACCAAGAGCAUGAAGAUCCUGAAGCAGCACAUCGAAAACAUGUCACUCGACGCCCCACCGGAUAUAUCAAUGAUCUCGCAAAUUGUGUCCCUGUUCCGCGCGGCGUGUAAAGAAGGCGACAAUACAGCAGCCAAAAUCCAUGCAGGCAUCAUCCAGCGUCUGGUUGACAGAAUCGAGCUGCCCGAUCUGCACGUUCGGACGCUAUUCAUGACUUGCAUGAACAACGACGUGGAACUGGCGAUAGCACAAAUGCGGAACACAUUCUUUGACUACGAGGACUGGGUUCACGGACAGAUUCGCCGGUUCUGGGCGGAGACUCUUCAGAAGAAUACGCCCUCCUUACCUCCAGAAUACCAAGCCCUUCACGAGAGCAUUGCACUACCGGCCACACGGCAGGCGGCGAUUCGUCUUCGUCAAUAUCUGGUCUACCGUUCGACGAAGGUCAAUCUGAAUGAUCCCGCAGACCUCGACCGUACAGAUGCCGUCUACACCAUCUUUACAACAUACUCCCAGUACGACUCCGGCGUCUUGAUCAACGUAUACAUCAACUUGAUCGCUGGUAGAGUGGCCGACGUGGAGGAAUCGUCGCGGCUCGUAGAAGCCGCGCUGGCUUUGACAACUCUACAUGUAUUGCGUCGUGGGAUUUUCGAGGCAACAGUCUACGGGUGCGACCACCGGAGCAGCCACCACAUCAUCACCAUCAAUCAUCUCGAAGGGACAAUGAGACAGGUCCUGGACACAGCCUCAGUGGAUGUUCUCAAACACUAUCGGGAAGCACUGCUUUGGGUGUGCUUCUACGGUGCCAGAUUCGAAUGGCGUAUCAACCUGAAGACCAGAGGCCUGACUCGGCCGAGGACGUGGUUCUCAAAAACGUUUGCGGAGCAGGCUGACAUACUGGGGCUGACCGAAUGGCCUCACGUCCAGAAAAUACUCCAGCAGUUCGUCUUCUAUGAAUUUCUGGAACCUCACCUGCCCCUGUGGUUCGACGAGACUUUGUGCAGACAUGUCCAAUGGGACAAGGAGCCACCAAAAUACCAGGCGGAGCGAGUCGUCUGA